AUGGUCGCCCGUACUCUCCUUCUCGCUUCCUCCUUUUCCUUGAUUUCUAGCAAAGCGGCAGCAUGGACAUAUUCUACGAAUUACUCUGCCCAACUUCUCUCCUCGGGAACCGUCAAUCUUGAAGGAUGGCAAGAAGCUUUCGAAAAGUCCAAGCGUUUCGUCGCCACCCUCUCAACUUCGGAGAAGAUUGAUAUCAUCGGCGAAGGUAGCGCUGGCAACUUCACGGGUUUGAACACGAAAGAUGGCUCUGCAUCCGUUUUGGACUAUUACUGGGUCACCACCUGGCCAGCUGCACUCGCCAUGGCCAUGACAUGGGACAAGGACCUGGUCUACAACCAAAGCUACGGUCUUGGAUCCGAAAUGUGGAACAAAGGGAUCAACAUGGCCAAUGCACCGACAGCCCAGCCACUCGGUCGUUCGCCAUGGGGCGGUCGCAAUGGAGAAACGUACGGACCAGACGCAUACCUCAAUGGUAUCUUGUUCGGAGAAGCUACGAAAGGAAUCAGUGAUGCUGGAGUCAUCCCCGCAGGCAAGCACAUGCUGCUUAACGAGCAGGAAACCAAUCGCGAGGGCGCUGGUUCUCUUAACGCCGCCGCCGGUGCUGCCGAAAAUGCUUACUCGGCAGUCGUCGAUAACAAGGCCCUCCACGAGACGUAUCUCUGGGGCUUCAUGGAUGCUAUCAAGAAUGGUCUUGGUGGAGUCAUGUGUGCCAUGAACCGCGUCAACGGUACCUUUUCCUGUGAGAACCAGGAACUCCUUGCCUACUACCUCAAGACUGAACUCGGCUUUCCCGGCCUGGUAUACGGUGAUGUCGGAGGCCAGAAGACUGGUAUUCAUUCCGCCAAUGCGGGCCUGGACUAUGGCUCUUCAACCUACUGGAGCAACUCAAGCAUCAUGGCCGGGCUACGGAACGGAUCCUUCACUGAGGCUCGCCUGGACGACAUGGUGAUUCGAAACGUCAUAGGCUGGUACAAGCACGGCCAGGAUCUCGCAAGCUUUCCGGACCUUGCCUCGGCCGGUGACUACGUCGACACGCGCAAGAAUCAUGGCGAGCUCGCACGCCAGUUUGCAGCAGCUUCUAUCGCCCUAGUGAAGAACAAGAACAACGCACUCCCUCUGAAAAGCCCCAAGAAGAUUGCUUUAUUCGGCAUCAAUGCUGGAUCUGUCCAAAUUGGGCCCAACACUGAAAUGGCUGUCCAGGGCUCAGACUCUGUAUUCCAGGGCCAUAUGGCUCAGGUUGGCGGAAGUGGCCAGGGUUCCUUCGCAUACGUCAUCACCCCCGAACAUGCCUUCGUGGAGAAGGCGAGAGAGGAUGGCGCCAUGCUACGCGUCAUGCUCAACGACAGCGUUAUCACUAGCGGAUCCGCCGGUGGCAUUGCCGCAGGUCCGAACGCUGGCUCUGCGAGCACGGACUCCACUGCUGCUUCUCAGACUACGGAAGGCUACUCUUACAACCAGGAUGUUUGCCUGGUCUUCUUGAAUGCCUACUCCGGUGAGGGUGGUGAUAGAGAUGAACUCUACAACACUGAUCAAGACAACCUCGUCAAUGCUGUUGCAGACAACUGCAACAACACCGUCGUCGUGAUCAACACCACCGGACCUCGCCUUGUUGACGGCUUCAUCACUCACGAGAACGUCACCGCCGUCCUUUACGCCGGUGCCCUCGGCCAAGAAUCCGGCAACGCCAUCCUGGACGUGCUGUACGGCGACGUCAACCCAUCCGGCCGCCUCGUCCACACCGUCGCCAAGAACGAGAGCGACUACGACACCAACGUCCAGAUCUCCUCCGACGAAGUCAUCACCUUCACCGAGGGAAACUACAUCGACUACAAAUACUUCGACAAGUACAACAUCACACCUCGCUACGAAUUCGGCUUCGGCCUCUCCUACACCACCUUCGCCUACACCUCCCUCCACACCACCACCAACACCAGCACCCUCUCCACUGCUUCUCCCUACGCCAGCGGCCCGGUUAUCCCCGGCGGCCGCGCCGACCUGUGGGACCACGCUGCCACCGUCACCGUGACGGUUGCCAACACGGGCGGCGUCGACGGCCACGAGGUCGCGCAGCUGUACGUGACGUACCCGGACACCGCAAACGAGCCCGUGCGGCAGCUGCGCGGCUUCGAGCGCGUGUGGGUGCCGGCGGGCGAGACGCGCGAGGUGGCGUUCGCGCUGCGGCGGCGGGACGUGAGUGUUUGGGAUGUCGGGGCGCAGGAGUGGAAGGUGGAGAGUGGGACGUACGGGGUUGCGGUGGGGGCGAGUAGUCGGGAUUUGAGGGUUACGGGGAGUUUUGUUGUGGGGUAG